UUUGCUUCAUUAGUUCUCUCACAUCAGUUAAUGUUUCCUGACUUGCAAUAUUGUAUACCGGUUGAAUCAACAUCUGUACAUUUUCUCAAGUUGCCCGAUGAGUUCUACCAGGAAAUCUUGAAACGAAUAUCUUCCUCUAAAUCUCGCAUUGUUUUUGCAGCACUUUAUCUUGGUACGGGACAGAAGGAGCAGCAAAUUGUUUCAAGACUACAAACGGCAUGUUCUGAAAAUGCAGAAUUGGAAGUCUCAUUCCUUUUGGAUUACUUUCGAGGCACUAGAGGCGAACCUAACGACAGUUCUACUGCUAUUUUAAAACCUUUGUUGGAGAAUAAAAAUGUUCAGGUAUCUCUAUUCCAUACGCCAGAAAUGCGGGGUUUACUGAAAUUUUUGCUGCCUGGAAGGUUAAAUGAAAUUAUCGGAGUUCAACACAUGAAGUUCUUCAUUUUUGAUGAUUCAAUAAUUAUAUCAGGAGCAAACCUUUCUGAUCAAUAUUUUGAUAAUCGUCAAGACCGUUACUUGGUUGUUGAAAAUUGCCCUAGACUGGCUGAUUUUUUCCACUCAAUUUCUACUAUAAUGUCAAAACAUUCUAUGCAACUUGACAAAUUUGGCAAACUUAAUUUCUCUGGAUCAGCUUCCAUUCACCCUUUUACAGGAUCAAAUGAAGAAAUUCAAAAAAGUAUUAAAACUGAAAUUUUUGAAUUAUUUGACAAGUGCAAAGGCAAUGUGAAUAAUUCGGCAAAUGACACAUUUAUUUAUCCUUUUCUGCAAAUGGGUGUUUUUGAUAUUAAACAAGAAGUUCAGUUUUUGAGAAAUUUGUUUAAUAAAGAGGAAAACAUAAAAGAAAUAAAUUUAAUUACUGCUUACUUUAAUUUAUGCGAUGAAUAUGCCGAUUGGAUGUUAAAAAAGCGUUCUUUUUUAGUAAACAUUGUUUUUGGCUCACCUCGGACAAAUGGCUUUUAUGGUGGAACUGGUCUAUCUGGUUCUGUUCCAUUACUUUAUCUGCAAAAUUCACUCGACUUUAUUCGAAAAUCAAAAGAACAAGGAUGUGAAAAGUCGCCCUUUACUUUUAUGGAAUGGGACAGGGAUGGUUGGACUUUUCAUGCAAAAGGUCUUUGGAUUGACUUUUUAAAUUCAAAAAGAAUUGGAACGGUGAUUGGAUCAUCAAAUUAUGGAUUUCGUUCUUCUCAAAGAGAUUUGGAGGCACAAGUAUUGCUUGUUACUGAAAAUGACGCGCUAAAGCAAAAAAUUAUCGAGGAAAGGCAAUAUCUUCUAGAACAUGCUCAAUCAAUUGAAAUUGAUGCUUUUCUUAAAAGGGAUAUACUUGUUUCAAAUUGGUUUAGAUUCUCUUCACCAAUUAUGUUUGUUCGUAACAAAUCGAAAGAAGUUGCAAAAGACAAGAAAGAUGAGAAAGUAUAUCAACUUUGGGAGUUCUUUGACAAACCUGAUAAUUGGGGUAUGAAGGAAUUGUCACUGUCUAGAAGGCCAGGACGAUCUUGGACUGCCGAUGAACUUCGUCUUAAAAGCAAUUCUGAUUUGCACAAACUUUGGUAUGUCCUUUUGAAAGAGAGGAAUAUGCUUCUUACAAUGCGAGAAGCAUACAAGAUUAGGCAUUUGGAAUUACCUAAUCCUGAGAGGAUUGAUCGAGUUAAAGAGAGUAUGGACAAUAUUGAAGUUGUUGUGCAUGAACGUAAUGAUGCGUAUCUUAAAUUAGAAACUGGCAAAAGUGCCUCUCCACCCAAAAGAAAGAUUACAUCCUUUGCUGGUUUUACCUAUGACGUAUCGGCAAAUGAACAUUAUGGACAACCAGAUGUGAUUGGAGUCAAGAAGGAAUAUGAGGUUCCUAUGCUAGACGAUAAGGCCUAUUUGUUUCAGGUUAAUUCUAAUAAUUAA